GCAAACAAUAAUAUUAACAACCAAAUAAAGCCGCAAAACACACAUAUAAUUAAUACAAACAGAGAGAUUUGUAGAGAGUGGUAUGCGUUUCAGACACCGGAAUAAUGGCUUUCAAGGAUAUUACCGAACUCACUUUGGGACCCCCUGGCGGCGGCCGUGAGUUAUCGGUGGCUGAGGCGGCGAGUCUUAAGUGUAACAAACGUGCGUUUGUUGAGAGUACUGAUGAAGUUGAAGUUCACGACCAGCUCAGCUCUACUGAGGAGGAUAAAAAUUAUCAUUUAAACGACAUGUCGUUUCAUGCUGACGUCACCUCUCGUACUGUUAGUGCAUCUGAAUCCCCACCUGCUAAGGGUGAAGUAAUUGGUUGGCCACCCGUUAGAUCGUUCCGAAAGAAGGCUAUGAAUAACAAGUACGUAAAAGUAGGCGCAGACGGAGCACCAUAUCUACGCAAAGUGGACCUAGAAAACUACAAUACUUAUCACCAACUAUUGACAGCCUUACACAACAUGUUUAAUCCCACUCCCACUACUACUAACAAUAACUAUUGCCUCAUCACCAAUAUCCAAGGAACGUUGAACACAGCAUGUAGUAGUAGUACUAAUGUGGAGGAUCAAAUAUCAAGAAGCAAUAUUGAUUAUAAGGUUGCUAAAGCAGUGAAAGGAACUAGUACUGAAUAUGUGCCAACCUAUGAGGACAAAGAUGGAGACUUGAUGUUAGUUGGAGACGUUCCUUGGAAAAUGUUCACAGAAUCAUGCAAACGUAUCAGACUGAUGAAAAGUUCAGAGGCUCUUGGGUUAGCAGCUCGAUCCAAGAACGAGAGUCCUGAAAUGAAUCGGUAGAACAUCAAAUUAAUUAUCAGAGCUACCAAUUGUGCCACACAAAGCACCCCACACCCCUCCCCAGUACAUAUAUAUUUUCUGAGAGUUGAUUAGUGUAUUCCACCAUGAGAGAUUAAGGUUAAUAUUAGACAAUAAUAAUGAGAAAUAGACCACCUGCCAUGGUUACAUAUAUAUGCUGCCUCGAUCCCUUGUAUUAAUAUUUUUUCAAUUGAUGUAUUUUUUUUUUAAUGUUAAUGUACUUUUUCCUGCUUUUUGUUUUUGUUUUCUUGCGAAGAGUUUGUUAUGCUUUGUGGAAUAAUAUUUAGGAGGGGCUUGUUUGGUAGGUAA